AAGAACCCCAUUACAAAUACUUAAAUAGAUCAAACAAUGGCUACGAAUUUAGAGAGAGAACAUUAAGAGAGAAAAAGAUCAUGAAGAACUCAACAAUGGCAGAUGAGAAAACAGAGCCACUCGGCAUACUAGGAAUCCUGAAAGAAGCUCUAAAGCUCCCUCUCAAGAACAAAAGCCUCAUGGUCUUUGUCACAAUCUUUACAAUCCUCCCUCUCUCGCUCUUGUUGCUGUCUCAUCAGCUCCUUCUCCUCCCCUUCGCCAAAGUCCUCCUCUUCCACACGACCCUCCUUUCGAGAGAGAGAGAGAACAGCAAGGAGGCCCUAGAGACCAUGACCCAGAUCAGAAAAGAUGUAAGGCUCAUAGUGGCUUUCGAGGUGGCCUUUCUCCUUCUAAUCUCCAUUGCUACCAUCUUUUCACUGGCAACUACAAUCUACACAGUUGCCACCACUUAUGUGGGCAAACAUCUCACUAAAAAACAACUUCUCUCUAGGGUUUUUGCAACUUGGAUGCGCCCACUGCUCACUUGGUUCUUUAUCUUUCUCCUCUGUGUAGCUUUCUCUGUUCUCUUGAUGCUUUCUCUUGGGGUUCUCUCUCUCUUUGUUGGUCCAAAGGCCAUUGUUGGUUAUUCAAUUGCUGUCAGUCUCAUGGUCCUUGGGGUGCUUAUUUAUCUGGUUACAGUCUGGGCUUUGGCUAUGGUGGUGUCCAUAGUUGAAGAUGAUUGUUAUGGGUUUGAUGCUCUGUGUAAGGCUAGUGCUCUCAUUAAAGGGAAAAGGAUGCAAGGGUACUUUCUCACUCUAGUUUUGGUGGUCCUUGGGGGUUUUAUAGGGUCUCUUUUUAGGAUUGAUGAGAGAGGAAGAAAAAUUGGUGGCCAAAUUGCUUUUAGUGUAAUUUUGGUUAUUGUGUCUUGCUUGUUGAAGCUGUAUAACUAUGUGGCUUUUACAGUGUUUUACUUUGAGUGCAAGAAGUGGCAUGGAGAAGCGGUGAUGAUUGAGGAGACAGGGUACACCCUUGUGCCAGUUCUCAAUGUAAAUACUGCUUGAUAGGGGGUUGUAGGUGCUUAAUAAGUUUUAGCUCUCUCUCUCUCUCUAAUUAGAGAGUGCUGGAUAGGUUUUCUCUCUCUCUCUCUCUUGUUGUGCUCCAUGUAUUGUGCUUUCGAAAGCAAAGCCCCCAAUUUUUCUCCACUUUGAAUGAUAUAAAUAUAUAUGGUUAUAUACUUCCAUUUGUAUUGAUUAAUGAAUUGGUGCGGAUCUUAAGCUUGGACUAUA